GAGAUGCUUGAGAGCAUUAUGCUAAAUCAUUCACAUGCCUUCUCUACACUUUAUAGUAUUUGUACGCGAUAAAACAUACUGUCCAUGUGGUAUAAACGUUGAAGUUUUCAGUUGAAUUUUCAGUCGGUCCAUGUCUUUCGUUUAGUGCUAAUCUCUUUGAGAAACGUCAGUGAUUUAGCCUCGUAUUGUGACGUCUGAUAUUCCGGGUUGCUCUUGAGAAUCCUCCAAAAAUGGGUUACCUUUUCAUUGGCCAAAUCGUUCAUUCAAAAUCUUUCGACGAGAUCGAAUUUAUAACCGAUGGAUUCCUCGCUGUUGACGAGGGCAAGGUCGUAGGAAUUGGAGAUAUCUCGGAAUUGCCGACUUGGAGACAGAAACAGUGGAGUUAUGAAGAGAUUCAACUAUCCAGGAAUCAAUUCAUUCUUCCCGGGUUUGUUGAUUGUCAUAUUCAUGCUCCUCAAAUGCCAAAUAAUGGACUUGGAUUGGAUAUGGAGCUCCUCGAUUGGCUGAAAACCUACACUUUUCCAAUGGAGAGUCAGUACAAGGAUUGUGCCUUCGCCUCUUAUGUAUACGAUAAAGUUGUGAAAAGAACUUUAUCUUUGGGAACGACUUGCGCCAGCUACUUCGCAACGAACCAUAGAGCAGGAACUCUGAUCCUUGCAAAUCAUAUUCACAAACAAGGGCAGCGAGCGCUGGUGGGAAAGGUUUCUGCAAAUCAGUCAUCUGUGGAUUAUUACAAAGAAACUACUGAAGAAUCAAUCAAAGAGAACAAAGCUUUCAUUCAGGACAUCAUGAAACUCAAUUCGGACUUGAUCAACGUCACUAUUACUCCGCGAUUUGCUCUCUCUUGCGAUGAAUAUCUUAUGAAGGAGCUGGGAAAAUUGGCAAAGGAACAUAACUUGAACAUUCAAACUCACAUAUCAGAGAAUCUUGGAGAGGUCGCUGAGGUGAAGAGGGUCUAUAAUGCAUCGAACUAUGCCAGUGUCUACGAUUCUGCCAAUCUCCUAACAAGCAAGUGCAUUCUGGCACAUGGAGUUCAUUUGGAAGACGAAGAGCUUGAACUUCUGCAGAAGCGGGGAACUUCCAUAGCUCACUGUCCUUCAUCAAAUACAAAUCUAAAAUCCGGCCUUUGCGACAUUAUCCGAUUGAGACAAGCAGGAAUUUCCGUGGGACUCGGAACUGACAUUUCCGGUGGAAGCGAUGUAUCCAUCCUUGCGGUGAUUAGAGACGCGAUGGGCGUUUCUCAGCACCUCGACUUUGCCAAGAAGCAAGACAUCAAGGGAACGGGCAGAGUUCGACCUGAAACUGAUGAGCAGAAGAAGGUCAACCAGGACUACGUUCCCCUAAACUAUAAGCAAGCCCUCUUCCUGGCGACCCUGGGCGGUGCUGAGGCUCUCAAUUUGGCCCACAAGAUCGGCAAUUUCCAAGUUGGGAAAGAGUUCGACGCACUCCUCAUCGAUAUUGAUGUCGAUCCUGUUGAUGUCUACGAACCUAAUAUUUCUGGUAUCAAGAACAAGCCCGAGAAUCUACAGGAAAGAGUGCAGAAGUUUGUCUACGCCGGUGACGAUCGCAACAUUUCCAGGGUGUUCGUUAAGGGAAGACAAGUUAAAUAA